CUCGCUGCUCGGUUUGGCCACAUUCGUCUCAAUGGCUGCGAGGCUGGAAGCUUGUACCAGCUGAGAAGGAGCCGCUCUGCUGCCACCGAGUAUCCACCAAGGACGCGACUCCGCGUGGAUUUACGAAGCCUGUGGAGAAAUAGCGCUUCAACUCUUUGUGGAUUUCGGACCAGCAAGAGGGAAGGACAGACUCUCGCAGUCUGUCACCAUGGUGGAACCGGCUGACAGGUCAUCUACGGCUGGUCAGAGGUUGAGUGCCCUUGAAAGUUAUGGAGUCUCCACCCUGGAACCUGGCCUGCGUCCUCCUGUCCAGGCCCCGGGAAAAAUGGUCUCCAUCAGGGUUCAGAUGCUGGAUGAUACGCAAGAAGUCUUCCAGAUAUCACAAAGGUCCCCCGGCAAAGUGCUGUUUGACCUGGUCUGUGUUCAUCUCAACCUUGUGGAAGGAGAUUAUUUUGGACUGGAGUACCAGGACCAGCGCAAGAUGACAGUUUGGCUGGACCUUCUGAAACCAACACUCAAACAGAUCCGACGGCCCAAGAACACCAUCCUCCGUUUUGUGGUGAAGUUCUUCCCUCCUGACCACACACAGCUCAUGGAGGAGCUGACACAGUAUUUGUUUGCCCUGCAGAUUAAGCAGGACCUUGCCUGUGGACGUCUCAUUUGCAACGACACGAGUGCCGCUCUGAUGGUCUCCCACAUCAUUCAGUCGGAAAUAGGAGACUUUGAAGAGACCCAGAGCUGGCAGCAUCUCCUCCACAACAAGUAUCUUCCUGACCAGGAUGCAAUUCGAGACAAGAUCAUCGACUGCCAUCGCAAACAUGUGAGACAAACUCCUGCAGAGUCAGACUUCCAACUGCUGGAAAUUGCCCGGCGUCUGGAGAUGUAUGGUGUGCGACUCCACCCAGCGAAGGACCGUGAGGGGACCAAGCUCAGCCUGGCUGUAGCACACACGGGGGUGCUGGUCUUCCAGGGCUACACAAAAAUCAAUGCCUUCAACUGGUCAAAGAUCCGCAAGCUCAGCUUCAAACGCAAAAGAUUCCUGAUCAAACUGAGGGAAGACCCCACAAACACUCAUCACGAUACGCUGGAAUUCUCAAUGGCAAGCAGAGACUGCUGCAAGGUGUUCUGGAAGAUCUGUGUGGAGUAUCAUGCCUUCUUCAGGCUCUUCGAGGAGCCCAAGCCUAAACCCAAGCCCAUUCUGUUCACAAGGGGCUCAUCGUUCCGCUUUAGCGGCCGCACUCAGAAGCAGAUGAUGGAUCACGUCAAAGACUCAGAGCUGAAGAAACUGCCAUUUGAACGCAAGCACAGUAAGAUUCUGUCCAGUUGCGGAGUGUCACCUCAUGCCUCUUCCAAAGUGCCUAAAGAGAGCGCUGUAUGUGUCCAAGCGAGUGACCAGCUGGACUCUGCCAGACCUGCUCAAACCGAAGUUUUGCUGGAGCCAUCACCAGCGGCAUUCAACGGUUUCCAUGACACACAAGGCUCGGAGUCGAAACUUAAUGGAGCGGCGCCGGACCAGCAGCUCCUCAACCCAGGAAGCCCCGGGUCACACGGCUCCUCCCUGGAUAGUCCCCAUGUGGCAGUUAAUGGAACACACACUGUGAAUGAGCAGGAUGACAUGGGUGUCCUGGGUUCAGUUCCUGAGGGACAGCAGCUAUCGCCCCUCACCAGCCCCCUGCUAGCUGAUGCAUACAUUCGACAUGAUGAUGAAGAGGAGGCCAGGAGAAAGAAAUUUCCCACGGACAAGGCCUAUUUCAUUGCCAAGGAACUGCUGACGACAGAGCGGACCUACCUGAAAGACCUCCAAGUUAUUACUGAGUCCUUCCCCUGCUCAGCAGGAAAAGAGGAAACCUUCCCAGAGUCAGUCAGGAACAUCAUCUCGGCCAACUAUGACCCAGUCUUCAAGUUUCACCAGGGGCUGGUGAAGGAGGUGGAGCAGAGACUGGCGCAGUGGGAGGGACGGUCCAACGCUCACAUCAAGGGCGACUUUCAGCGCAUUGGUGACAUUCUACGGAAGAACAUCGAGGGCCUACGGCAGUUAACCGUUCACCUGCAGAAACAUUCUGAGUGUCUGGUGGAGCUAGAACGUGCCUGUCGGUCUAGUCGGAAAGUGGAGGCUGUGUGUCGAGAUUUGGAGCAGCAGAGAGCGUGUUACCUUCCCUUCAACAUGUUCCUUUUGCGACCGCUGCACCGCCUGCUGCACUACAAGCUUCUCUUGGAGAGGCUCUGCAAACACUACCCGCCCACCCAUGAUGACUUCAGAGACUGCAGAGCGGCGCUGGCUGACGUCUCCGAGAUGGUGCUGCAGCUGCAGGGAACCAUGAUGAAGAUGGAGAACUUCCAGAAGCUUUUGGAGCUCAGGAAAGACCUCACAGGCAUCGACAACCUGACGAUCCCUGGCAGGGAGUUCAUUCGGCUCGGGUGUCUCAGCAAGCUCUCAGGAAAGGGCCUUCAGCAGAGGAUGUUCUUUCUGUUCAGCGACUCCUUGGUGUACACCAGCCGAGGCAUGACGCAAGCCAACCAGUUCAAAGUCCAUGGCCAGCUCCCGCUUUACGGCAUGACGAUCAGAGAGAGUGAGGAGGAGUGGGGCGUCCCUCAUUCCUUCACCCUGUAUGGCCAGCGACAGUCAUUGGUGGUGGCAGCCAGCUGUGCUGCAGAGAUGGAGAAGUGGCUGGAGGACAUCAGGAUGGCUGUUGACCUUGCUGAACAGAGUAGCAGUCCUCCCACUGACCUGCUCUCCCCUGCACUCACUGACAACAGCAAGUCUUCAGAGCUUGCUGAUGAUGGUGGAGCAGAGCAAGAGUCAGAAGAAGAGUUCAGAGGAUCGCGAUCCUCCUUGGAGCGCCAAGGUCACCGUGGUAACACCACUGUCCAUGUUUGCUGGCAUCGCAACACCAGCGUGUCAAUGGUGGACUUCAGCGUGGCCGUGGAGAAUCAGCUGUCCGGGAACCUGCUACGGAAAUUUAAGAACAGUAACGGCUGGCAGAAGCUCUGGGUGGUGUUCACCAACUUCAGCCUCUUUUUCUACAAGACGCACCAGGAUGACUACCCUUUGGCCAGCCUCCCCCUGCUUGGAUACUCUGUCACUGUUCCGUCUGAGUCUGAGAACAUCCACAAAGACUAUGUCUUCAAACUCCACUUCAAGUCCCAUGUCUACUACUUCAGAUCGGAGAGCGAGUACACAUUCGAGAGGUGGAUGGAGGUGAUCCGCAGUGCCACAUGCUCCACCAGUCGCUCCCUGCCAGGCACCCGGAAGGACCUCUACUAGCAGUGCAGUUCAUCCUGAAUCAGGACUCUGAGCUUGUGGAGCUCUGAUGGACGGAAAAUGAGCCCGAGAAAAUGGUCACACCAGCCACCGAAACACAUAGAAACAGACAUUUCACUCUCAGCAUUCCUUGCUGUAUCACAGCUUUUGCUAAAAACAAACGUAACGUCUUUCGUCUUCACAUCUAUCUUGACAGUAUUUUACCUCUCUUCUAUCCUUCACCUGUGCCACUGAUCUCACCUGCACAGACAGACAUUUUUACAGUGAAGAAGAUCCAGACGCAACAUUUGCAUGAGAUUAACAAAAUAACUACUUGAAAAGCAAGUUUAUACAGAAAUUAUGUGCAUGUGACACAUCCCCCUUUUUAAAGAGAGUCUCUAUGAAUGGUGAUCAAUGAAUCGUGUCGCCACGUUUACAAUUUUUGUGGCGUCUUUUUGUACCUUGAUACACUGUGAAAAACACUUCCACUUUACCGUUCAUUUUCUCUCUUACUAUUUCAGUUCUGUUUAAUGAAUGGCUUGUUAUCUAUGGAUUCGCUAUUUUAAAUAAA